UCUUCUUCACCAACAAGGGAGACAGAUAUACAAGUUGUCGAUAGAGACCGUGAGAGAGAGAGCCAUGUCGCCGGAAAAAUCAACCGCCGGCAAGAAAUUCUUUCCGGCGAUCACAUCAUGCGACGUCUUCGCCGUGAAACACAGGUCGAUCGCCGCCGACCUCGACGGAACACUCCUCAUCGGCAGCUCCUCUUUCCCUUACCCUUACUUCAUGCUCGUCGCCGUAGAAGCCGGUAGUCUCCUCCGAGGCCUCGUUCUCCUCCUCUCCUUCCCUCUCAUCGCAAUCGCAUACAUCUUCGUCUCCGAAGCCCUCGCUAUCCAGGCGCUCAUCUUCAUCUCCUACGCCGGACUCAAGAUCCGCGACAUCGAGCUCGUCUCUCGCGCGGUGCUGCCGAGGUUCUACGCGGCGGACGUGAGGGCCGAAAGCUACGAUGUGUUCGAAAAGUGUGAGAGGAAAGUGGUGGUUACGGCGAAUCCGACGGUGAUGGUUGAGCCGUUCGUGAGGGAUUACUUGGGAGGAGAUAAGGUGUUGGGGACGGAGAUCGAGGUGAAUCCGAAGACGAAGAGAGCUACUGGAUUCGUGAAGAGUCCGGGGAUUUUGGUGGGGAAAUGGAAGAAGUUGGCGGUUUUGAAAGAGUUUGGGAACGAAUCGCCUGAUAUUGGAAUUGGAGAUCGCGAGACUGAUCACGAUUUCAUGUCGAUAUGCAAGGAAGGAUACAUGGUUCACCGGAAGAAAUCAGCAUCUCCAACACCACUGGAGCGCCUAAAAAGCCGAGUGAUCUUCCACGACGGGCGACUGGUGCAAUCUCCAACCCCACUCAACGCCCUGAUGAUCUACAUGUGGCUUCCAUUCGGGUUCAUCCUCUCGCUCAUCCGAGUCUACUUGAACAUCCCACUCCCGGAACGCAUCGUCCGCCACACCUACAAAAUGCUGGGCAUCAACCUUGUCAUCCGCGGCACUCCUCCUCCUCCCCCCUCCCCCGGCUCCCCCGGCAACCUCUACGUCUGCAACCACCGCACCGCCCUCGACCCCAUCAUCAUCGCCAUCGCUCUCCGCCGCAAAGUCUCCUGCGUCACUUACAGCGUCUCCCGCCUCUCCCGCUUCCUCUCCCCCAUCCCCGCCGUUGCAUUAACCCGUGAUCGCGAAGCCGACGCUGCCAGAAUCAAAUCUCUUCUCCAGAAAGGUGACUUAGUGGUUUGCCCCGAAGGGACUACUUGUCGUGAACCUUACUUACUGCGCUUUAGUGCUUUGUUUGCGGAGCUCAGUGAUAGGAUUGUGCCCGUCGCAAUGAACACCAAGCAGACUAUGUUUCAUGGGACUACGGUCAGGGGGGUCAAGUUUUGGGACCCCUAUUUUUACUUCAUGAAUCCCAGGCCCACUUAUGAGGUCACUUUUUUGGACAGGUUGCCCGAGGAGAUGACCUGUAAGGCCGGAGGGAAGUCCCCUAUAGAGGUGGCCAAUCAUGUGCAGAAGGUGUUGGGUGGGGUGCUAGGGUUUGAGUCUACUCAGUUGACUAGGAAGGAUAAGUAUUUGCUGUUGGGUGGGAAUGAUGGGAAGGUUGAAUCCAUGAAAAAAUGAAAAAAGUUGUUGGGUGUUGGGCUUAUUAAUCACAGGUUUGUGUGAUGUGUGGAGGGGUUGGAAGAGAAUGAUUUGAUUAGAUUAUUAGAUCAUAUCCUUUAGUCAUUUUGGUCGGGUGGGUUAAAAGUGUCAGGCUUAUAUAUUUGUUUUGUGAAGCUUUUGUUUAGAAUUCUCAUAAUGUCAAAUUGCUUAAUUGAUUAAAUAAGUCUAGAUUGAAUAUAAUGCAUGGAUAUAAUCUUUUACCA